AUGCCUAUCAAGCUGCCCAAGAGCUUUGGCCGGCGGAAGUCGUCCGGCAAUAUCCUGGAGGACGUGGAGACGCACCCCCAGUCGUCCUUCCGGGUAUUCGAGCGUCCGGGCCCCCAGAGAUCGAUGACAGAUGGUGCGCCGCUCACCAAACGCAUGAGCGAGGGUAAUGCAGUGCCCUCAAUGCUGGAAGAUCCCGACAACAUCUUUGCUGCCGGGGCCGACCACGAACAACCCCUGGGCAAGAACCGGUAUGAACAUGACCAUGGCCGACCCUUCAAAGAUAUCCUCAAGCAACGUCUGACCCGAAAUCGUCAUAGCGGUGGCACCUAUGAGAGUUCAACCUCAACUCGGCUGAGCUCUUCGUCCACCCUCCCUUCCUCCACCGAAAUCCAACCCGAAGAGGCUGCCUCCCCGCACUCGAGGAUCCAUGAUAUACCCGUCCCACCUCCACUCUCCGGGGCCCUGCGUGCCGCGGCGGGUAGAACCUUCUCCUUUGGAGGACGGUUUGGUAAGAACUCGGCACCUCCAGCGCCUCCACGGCAUGCCACGCCAGAUGAGUCUUCUCGACAACGGGCCGUGUCGGGGGGCACUGAUGGUACGGCGACGCCACCUAAACUCCCCGACUCGCACUGGGAUCUAGGGGCAGGAACCGAUGACUUCGGAAAGAUGUUUGACCAUUUGGAUAAAAGGGAUAGCGCUGCGUUGCGGGACCCCUCUCCUCAACGGUCUAAUCAGGUACGCGGAAAGGAGCCACGCUUGCCAUGCAAGGGAUCCGAACUAAUGGGUGAUACACAGUAUUCUUCAUCUCCACCUACGCAAGCCCUACCAGAAUUUCAAGAGAGCAGGGCUGCACGUCCCGCGCCCAUUAGUACAGACCGGUCAAUCCCCGUCGAACCCUCCCCUUACUCAUGGGAUAGUCGUCACUCUCGUCAUCCUUCCGAGGAGGGACUUCUUAAUGAUCAGAAUACCGGCAGUCGAAGGGAUAGCAGAUCGCCCGCUCAGCUCUCGCCCGACACUGUCGGAUUCCGCAGACCAUCACCAGGCCCUAAUCAGAUGCUAGGUGCAACCACCGCUCACCGUGCUCUGGAACGACCGACGAGGAGACAAUCUGGGUUCUCGGAAUUGCGCAGAAGUGGAGUUUACUCACUGGGACGAGACGCUAGUCCUGUUGAAGACGAAGACGCAAAAUUGGUGAGAAAAUCUUGGCUCUUCAGCAAAGAACACUCUCCGCCUCACUGGACUGAGGGUGGCCCUUCGACCAACGAGACACCUCUUCUCGACAAAGGCAAAUCGGCCAGUCCUGGCAACCUCAGCCCGGAGCCCGACUCGAUGUUUACCGACCUGCACGCCCCGGACCCCAGCAUUGCAGACACUGCACGUCUGGCUGUCCAGUUCGCUGAGAGCGUACCAAAGACAACGUCUCCCGGCAAUAAGGUCAUGACCAAGUCUCAAUUCGAGCAUUAUCGUGAACAGCAGGAGCUUCGACGAUCCAACAGUGAUGCCUCGAAGAGCGAUGACGAAUCUGUUCAAGAUGAAUACGAUGACGAAGAUGAGACCGAGAAACAGCGCGAGACGGAGCGACAGCGCCGGAAGCAGGAGGCGCAUCUGGCGGUGUACCGCCAAUCGAUGAUGAAGAUCACUGGUCAGCAGGCCUCAUUGCCGUCGCUGCGCCCUGAAAUGAGUGCCAGCGGUGCAAGCAGCAGCACGCCGAAUCUUCACGCUCCGAACCGCCUUUCGCACCUCGGUGACAAGUCCUCCAGCGGCAAGAGCACCGAAGAUGACGACGAGGAGAUUCCGCUUGGUAUUCUUGCGGCGCACGGGUUUCCUAAUCGCGCUCGUCCGCCAAACCGGCUGGUCAGCACCAACUCCAACCCCAAUCUCCGCGCGUCUUUGCAGCCGUCUUAUGCGUCGUCUGUUCAUUCGCUUCACGGAGGUGGGGGUGAGCAAUUCAACCGGAGUAAUAUGCCCGCUUUCGCCAGGAACCUCCCGCCGGAGCCUUUCAUUGGCGCUGGUCUUUACCAGUCGCCUAACCGUGAAAAUCUGGCGAUGGGUGGUGGUUCGGGCUCAGUCUACGGGGGUGCAUCAUCGCCAGCACCUGCUCCAGGCGGCUUGAUCAACGUGAUUGCCAAUGAAGAACGGGUUCGAGCUGCGCGACGAGGCAGUCCAAACACCCAAGCGAUAUAUGAUCACCAGAUGGCAAUGGGAGCUAUGGGACCGGGAGCCCCCGUGCCUCGCCCAUAUUCGAUGAUGGGUCAACACCAACAGCCACCGCCGAUGACACCCACAGAACAAGCUCAGCUGAAACUGUCAAACCAAAUGUCAGCAAUGAUGCAGAUGCACAUGGAGAUGAUGCAGACAUUCAUGCACGGCGGCCAGGGCACACCCCCAGCCAUGAUGCAGCAGGGCAUGCCCAUGCCUCCAAUGAUGGGCGGCGGCAUGGUGCCAGGAGGACCCACAGGCCGACCAGUCUCGAUGCCGAAUGCCGCAGCAGGCGCUCAGCCAAACUUCGACCACCGCACGCUCAGCAUGCUGGAUCCCAACAUCACUGCACGACGAACGGGUUCGCCGAUGCCGCAUAUGUCCGGGUACCCAUUCGCGCCGCCCAGCAACGCUGGCUACGCAUCCUCCAUUGCGCCCUCGGAGCGCAGUACUGCGGGUAUGGCACCUCGAUACCGGCCUGUCUCCACUGUGAACAAUGAAAACGAACGACCCGGAGCCUUACCACGCAACAAGGACUGGAAGGACCAGAGCCAUCUCUCGCCCAUGGGAACGGCCCGUCCACAGUCCAGUCUCGCCAAGCCCACAACUAUGGCAACCGUGACUGUCCGGCCCGUCUCGCAGACCGGGCAAUCACCAUCCGGUCGUCAAAGGACUCGGGGCGGAUCGGACGAGGACGACGACGAUGAGGGCUGGGCCGAUAUGAUGAAGAAACGCGAUAAGAAGAAGAGCAACUGGAAGUUGAAGAAAGGAACGUCCUCCUUCGGUGAUCUUCUCGGUGCCGUGCACUAA